ACUCCGAGAGCCGCCGCCGGGACGAGCCCAGGAUGCUGCUGCUGCGGGCGGGCCGGGCCUGGGGCCGGGCGCGCCUGCCCGGGCUGGGCCGGGCCGCGGGGCACCCGCGCCGCCGCAGUAGCACUUUUGACGUGGUGGUUGUUGGCGGUGGAAUUGUGGGGCUUGCGUCUGCCAGAGAGCUCGUUCUGCGACACCCAUCGCUCACGUUCAGUGUGCUGGAAAAGGAGAAGGAGUUAGCCUGCCACCAGAGUGGACAUAACAGUGGUGUUAUUCAUAGUGGAAUUUACUACACACCUGGAUCUCUGAAAGCUAAACUGUGCGUGCAAGGUGCAGCCCUAUGCUAUGAGUACUGUGACCGAAAGGGAAUUCCAUACAAACAGUGUGGCAAGCUAAUAGUAGCUGUUGAACAAGAAGAAAUUCCAAGACUCAGAGCACUGUAUGAGAGAGGGCUGCUGAACAACGUCAGAGAUCUGAAACUGAUAAGUGCAAAAGAAAUACAAGCAAAGGAGCCCUUUUGCAGGGGUGUGAUGGCCCUUGACUCCCCACACACUGGCAUUGUGAAUUAUAGACAAGUGGCCCUGUCCUAUGCGGAAGAUUUCCAGGAAGUGGGUGGCGCAGUCUUGACUGACUUUGAAGUAACAGACAUGGAGAUGGCUAAAGAAAGUCCUUCAGAAAGUGAAGAUGGGAUGAAAUAUCCAGUUAUUGUUAGAAACUCGAAGGGAGAGGAAAUCCGCUGUCAACAUAUCGUGACCUGUGCAGGACUUUACUCGGACCGCCUGUCCGAAAUCAGUGGAUGCAGCCAUGAGCCUCGCAUUGUGCCCUUCCGUGGAGACUACUUGGUGUUAAAGCCAGAAAAAUGCUAUAUGGUUAAAGGAAACAUUUAUCCAGUUCCUGAUCCUCGGUUUCCCUUUCUGGGAGUUCAUUUCACACCGAGGAUGGAUGGCAAUGUUUGGCUUGGUCCUAAUGCAGUGCUAGCCUUUAAGCGAGAGGGUUAUAAACUGUAUGACUUCAGUGCCAGAGACUUUAUAGAUGCAGUUGUAUACAGUGGUUUAUGGAAACUGGUGUUCAGAAACAUCUCUUACGGAAUGAGUGAAAUGUACAGAGCAUGUUUCCUUAGUGCACAGGUGAAGCAACUUCAAAAGUUCAUCCCUGAAGUUACCAUCAGUGAUAUACUCAGGGGUCCAGCUGGAGUAAGAGCCCAGGCCUUGGACCGGGAUGGAAAUUUGGUAGAUGACUUCGUAUUCGAUGGAGGCACUGGCGAUAUUGGAAGCAGAGUUCUUCAUGUCAGAAAUGCCCCAUCUCCUGCCGCUACCUCCUCCCUUGCCAUUGCAAAAAUGAUCGCAGAUGAAGCGGAGCGAAGAUUUGGCUUGUGAAAUGAACCGGCACCGCACUGUUUGUAUCCACUCUUGGUUAGCGGUGUGACUGCACUGAAUGAAGUCUGCAGUUUGUCAGAGUGAAGAUAAACUGAAAGUCGUCUUGUUCAGCAGAUGAACACUGGCAUUUAGGCUGUAGAAUACAAAACUAGCAUGUCGGUUGUUUGCCUCCAUAAGCCUUUACUUCUCUACUUACUAACCAGGCAUUGUGAGAUCAGAUAAGUCCUGGGGGAAUGGAGGGCACCCCCAAAAUACUGUAUUGAUGGGGGGACAGGAAUCAGUGAGUGCCCAGCUGGAAGAGAGAAAAGAGCCACCUUCAGCUGCAGAGCCAGUGACAUCUCUGGCUCUGCAGCUGAAGGAGGAAGGAGCUGUAGGAGGAACAGAAAGAGCUAUUGCCAAAUGGGCUUCCCGCACUCUGAUUUCCCAUGUUCUCUGGUUUAAACAGGACCUCCCAGCAUCUCCACUGCAGCAAGGUGGCCCCUUGAGGCCUCAUGGCCAGGGAGAGGCUGUGAUGGUCCCUCCCUCUUUCAAGAGAUUGGGGAAUUCACCUCCUCACUAAUGAACAAAAUGAGAAAAACUGGUGAACACCCUUUAAGGAAUGUAAAUGUGGAAGUACUGUAAACAAUCCUUUGCCAUUGCAUCAUUGGGGAGCCGCUGAAAAUGUUAGUUGACAUUCAUUGCUUUCUCCAUUAAUGCACAGUACCUGAGAUAGGCCCAAGCCCAACAAUUGGUUUUAUAUUUCCUUUGGAUGUCUUACUUGAUUUACAUAUGCACACAGUCAUUCAUAGUCCAGAUGAUCUAGACAAGCACUGUUUUCCUACUGAGAUCAGAGAGAAAUAAAUGCCAUUUUUCAUAAAAACGAAAGAUGGGGGUCAGUGAAGAGCAAAUAAUUAUUCUUAAAGACAGAUAAUGCAAAAUGAACUUGCUUUUGUGCAGCAUAUUGAGCAAUCAGAUGAAAAUCUACUUUGUAAAAACAAUGUGAAAGGGAGGAAAUUACAGAAACCUGUCUUUAGUUCAGUCAUUUUGUACACUACUUUCACUUUGAGUCCAAAUAGCAGUGAGUCAUGAAAGUUUCCCACUUCCAAUCAUCUGUUGGUCGGAGGGGACCUUCGAGACUACUGAUUGGUAUCACUGAAAGACACACUUGUGAACUUGGUAUUUCCUCUGACACUUGCUGCUUCAAACACGAUGAAAUGUUUUCAGAAGUGUGCCUGGAAGUGAAACCGUUCCCUGGAAUGCAGAGAAUGUUCAUUAAAAUCUUGGGACUUAAAACAAGCUCUUUCCUAACUGAACUAUGAGUGUCUUAGUAUGUACAGCAUAAUUACUACAAAAAAGAUAAUUGCAUGGCCCCAGGGACGUAGUGCUGCUAAGUACACUUUAAAAGCAUGUGUGCAGGAGAUGUUGGGAAAUGUAGAUAAUUAAGGGUGGUUAGCUGCCUACCAGACAAUUUGGCCGCCUUUUUUUUUUUUUUUUUAAAGAUUACCUUCUAGAUUUCUGUUAUAUACGUACACUGCAUUGUGUUAGCACAGGAGUUCGGGUACAUAAACAGAUUCUACAUCUCUGGUAUACAAUAGGCUAGAAGUUCUCAAUGCAGGGGCUUAAACACUUACUUGGCUUUUCUGAUGAAAUGUACUUUAUCGGAAAAAUAUUUGAGAACUCCCACUAAACUUAAUAUGUCAAUUUAUAAACCCAAAUAAUUCGCCUCUUGAAGAGAAAUCUUUAGGCACAUUAGUUUUAACCGAAAUAAAGCUAGAAUGGGAUUCCAGAUGCUUCAAACACUAACGCAGUCUAGCUGAGCAAGAGUCGUACCUGCACAGCUAAAAUAGGUCCGCUCACCAAGUGUUGCCUAUCAACAGUAAAUACAAGAAGAUUGCAAAGUAACUUCCUCCUACAUGAGGUGUGGCUCUAACGUGUAUUAACAGAAUAAAGAAUGUUAAAAAGUAAACCAGUCAUGCACUUUGAUUCUUAAAUCAGGGAGUUUGAAUGUACAGCCUGAUAGUUUUAUAAGGAAUUCUCUUUUAAUUAAAUUUCAGGGUGAUAACUGUUUAGGCUAAAGCUUAUUAGAUAUUUUUUUUUUUUAGCUCUGAAUCUUUUAUCAAAUUCUGUAAAAUAGUCUUUAUUUCUGUUGAGAGUUGUAAACAACUUUUUUUUUAAAAGGAAACAUUUUAAAAUUCUGUAAAUUGCUACAAUAGUGGUGUUCGCACGUAAGUGAAGCUUUGUCCAAGAAGUGUGAAAAGAAUAAAAUGUCCAGUUCACUUGUAUUGUUCCAA